AUGCAACAGACGGUUAUUACGCAGCAUAGCCCCAGGACCAAGCGCCCCAGGACCACGUCCACGGGCAAUGGGGCAGGCGCCAAGGUCAGUGUGGCGGGUGCAGACGUGACAACCAUGGUCGGCGCCGGUGUUGCCCCUCAUGGGAUUCGAGGCGGGGUUGUGGCGAUGACAGAAAAGGCGAUGGAUGGCGGUGCUCAGAAGCGGCGGAAGUUGCUGAAUAAUGAGGUAGACCGUAUCAAAAGUCUAGAAGCCGAGAACGGGCAACUGGACUUCUCCAUGGCUGCGUCCGUGGAGCCUCAACGCGUCCUCAUUCGCGGGUGCUAUCAGGUCGCCGAACAAAGGCUGGUCCAUUUUGCGAACAAUAAAAUCCAACAAGUGAGUCGCAGCACGCAGCCUGUGUGGACCCUGGCGCUGCAAAAUAUCGAAGCCAUCACCCCACAAACGUAA